GGCUGGCAGUGGACAAGUAAAUAUGCCCGCUAAUUAAAAACUAAAACAAUCGGGAAGCUGUGACGAAGAGCGUUGGGAUGGGAGCUGGGGGGGGGGGGGGGGCUGCUCUAGAUUAGAUGGGCAAGAAAGGCCUCCCUAAGGUGAUGCAAACUGAGCCCUGAAGGAGGAAGAGUUCCAGGCAUAGGGAACAGGUGCAGAAGCCCUGAAGCAAAAACCACUUUGGGAUGUAUGAGGAACCCAAGGGAGGCCUGUGGGGCAGAAACUGGAAGCAAGGGGGAGAGAGGCGAGAAGCAAAGUCCAGAGGUAGGAGAAAGGGCAAGAGCCUGAUACUGCUGAGCUGCUGGCAAGCUGCUUUGGAUGUAGAAUUGUGAGGGCCAGAGAGGCAGCCAUAGAGCCACCCUCAUGCGAGGGGAUAAUGCCUCACGUACACCUUUAAAAGAUUCUUCGCUGCUCAGGAGUGAAGUGGGUCUAGUAAAAGGGCUCAGCAGUGACGUGCGAGGUGACGGCAGCCUGGACUAGGAUGGAAAGAAGUUGUGGGCCAUGCGCAGUAUUUCGGGGGUCCAGCCAACAGGUGGAUCUGGGCGCGAGAAAUACUGGAGCGAGCAAGCCCCAUAGAGGAAUAUAUGUGGGCCAGGACGGAGCAGCUGCUGGAAGAGCUGGUGGAGGGCGGGGCGACUUGACCUCCGUCCGAAGAGAGAGCCUAGGCCACAGAAGUCUCGCACUCGGGAGACCCGUGAGCCGCAGCCGGUUGUGAAGGAGAAAGCACCAGGAGUCGGAAAAACAGUUGCUACUCGCGCGAGGCGAACCCGGCAGUGCAGACCCUGCGCAGCUGGCGGGCAGGGGCGGACCCCAAGUCGCACUGCGCAGGCGCCGAGCUAGCCGUUUCCAUGGUGGCGAGUACCCACGCGCCCCAACCGCUCUGCAACUUUCGGGUCGCAGACUUCCGCCCCGUGGGACACCGUUGUCCUCGAACGUGUCGCCCCACCACCACCACCACCUCAGCGCCGGCCGCUGCCCGGAGUCAGCCUUUCCACUCUCUGGCCCCGACCCCGACAUGGGUGACCUGGAGCUGUUGCUGCCCGGAGAGGCUGAUGUGGUGGUGCGGAGACUGCGCAGCUUCCCGCUACGCGAGAUAGGCUCCGGAGGGUGGAACCACCAGCAUGAGAACCUGGAGAAGCUGAACAUACAGGCCAUCCUUGAUGCCACUGCCAACCAGGGUGAGCCCAUCCAGGAGCUGCUGGUCACCCAUAGGAAGAUCCCAAUGCUGGUGGAGGAGCUCAUUGCAGUGGAGAUGUGGAAGCAGAAGGUGUUCCCUGUGCUGUGCAGGCUGGAGGACUUCAAGCCCCACAACACUUUUCCCAUAUACAUGGUGGUACACCAUGAGGCCUCCAUCAUCAACCUCCUGGAGACAGUGUUCUUCCACAAGGAGGUGUGUGAGUCAGCAGAGGACACAGUCUUGGACCUGGUGGACUACUGCCACCGCAAACUGACUCUGUUGGUUGCCCGGAGUGGCCAUGGAGGGCCCCCUGAGAAGGAGGAGUCCCAGUACAGCACCCCCAUGCAGGAGCUACAGAAGCAGGCAGAACUGAUGGAAUUUGAGAUCGCGCUGAAGGCGCUCUCAGUGCUGCGCUACAUCACAGACUGCGUGGACAGCCUUUCCCUGAGCACCCUGAACCGCAUGCUCAGCACCCACAACCUGCCCUGCCUCCUGGUGGAACUGCUUGAGCACAGUCCCUGGAGUCGGCGGGAAGGAGGCAAGCUGCAGCAAUUUGAGGGUGGCCGUUGGCAGACAGUGGCCCCCUCAGAGCAGCAAAAGCUGAGCAAAUUGGAUGGGCAGGUGUGGAUUGCCCUGUACAACCUACUGCUGAGCUCUGAGGCCCGAGCCCGCUACUGCCUCUCAAGCUUUGCCAAGGGACAGCUACUCAAGCUUCGGGCCUUCCUCACAGACACACUGCUGGACCAGCUGCCCAACCUGGCAGACCUACAGGGUUUCCUGGCCCAGCUGGCCCUGGCCGAACCCCAGCCCCCUAAGAAGGACCUAGUGUUAGAAGAGAUCCCAGAAAUUUGGGAGCGCCUAGAGCGAGAGAACAGAGGCAAGUGGCAGGCUAUUGCCAAGCAUCAGCUGCAGCAUGUAUUCAGCCCCUCAGAGCAGGACCUGCAGCUGCAGGCACGAAGGUGGGCUGAGACCUACAGGCUGGAUGUGCUAGAGGCAGCGGCUCCAGAGCGGCCCCACUGUGCCUACUGCGGCGCAGAGGCCUCCAAGCGCUGUUCACGAUGCCAGAAUGAGUGGUAUUGCUGCAGGGAGUGCCAAGUCAAGCACUGGGUGAAGCAUGGAAAAACUUGUGUCCUGGCAACCCAAGGUGACAGAGCAAAGUGAAGGCUGCAGCUCCUGAGAGCGGACCACUCAUGCCAUACAACCCAGCCAGAGUGUGCCCCUGAACCUCAGCAUUUCAGCCUGGCUUCUGCAAGAACCCCAACCUCCCAGGUGGUGAGCUGAGCAGGCAGGGUGGAGCUACUGCCCCAUCUUGCCCAGCAAAACGCUCUCCACUUCCUGUCCCACCCAGCGAGUAGGCUUAGGGUGCUGCCUCAGCUGGGGCAGGAGGCCUGGGCGGGGGACAAGGGCGAGGGCCGGAUGUGGGGACCCUCUUCCUCUUGCACAGUAAAGCUGGCUUCCAGAAACA